AUGUACGUGUUCCCUGGCGGAGGCGUGGACGACGAAGACGUCCACGUGGCGGUGGAUGUGGGGUUCCUUCCCAAGGACACCCCGGCGGACAGGUCAGCGGAGCAAAAGCAUCUGCAAGAAGUGUGGUCCAGUCGGAUUGCCGCACUGCGCGAACUCUCCGAGGAAACGUCGUGCGUACUUCGCGCUCACAGCACCAUUGAGUCGCGGGAGGAUUGGCAGAACAGCGAGGGCGGCAAGAGGAGCGGUCGCCCUUUUGAUGUCUUGGCCGCGCCGCUGCUGACGCCGCUGGGGCGCUGGAUCACGCCGGAGGAAUCCAAGUAUCGGUACGACACCUACUUCUACGGCGCGGUUUUGAAGGGUGCAACGGAGGCUGGCCGCGACCACAGCCUACCACCUCAACUAGUCAAGCUCCAGAGCGAGGAACGCGAAAUCUCUUCGUUGCUCUGGGUGAGCCCGUUGGAGGCCCUGAUACGCCACGAGCUGCCCGAGGAGGCGUUCACCCUACCGCCGCCCACCUUUCACCUGCUGUCGGCGUUGGCGAGGGUGCCGUCGUUUGCCUGGCUGGCUGAUCAAUGGCAUCAGCGCCGACGCGACCUCUCGCCCACUGACACGCCAGAGGAACUUUCCUACCCCUCCGUCACGCCAGGCACACGCACCCGGGAGGGGGAAGGAGGUCAUCUCCUUUCACCUUCCUGA